GACAUGCCAAACAAGACGGGAACAAUCGAUUGGAACCCGUCAGAUGCACAUCAUGGCCAUCGUCGAUUGAGCAUAGGUAGAGACUGUUAUGUUGUGGGGAAACUCCUCGUAGUCGUUCCUCCCGAGUUGAUGUCUCCGUAAAGUGCAGUCUUCCACGUUCAGAAAUCGGAAUACAGUACACUACACCAUCACUAUACCCACUUUCUCACGCCGAUACUCCCAUCGCCCAGAAAGCACACAAACAGCCUACACUACAGUGCCACAAAGAUACACGUUGCUGUUGCCCAAGAUGGUCAUGACAGUGACAACAUCAACCGGGAACCGAGUGACCAUGUACUGCCUAGGCAGCCUCACAUUCGUUCCCAGCGAGGCAGUCAAAGACGAGCAGACACAUAAGCAGGUACUACAGCGGCUGGCCGAAACCAAUGACUUCGCGACAGCCAUCCGAACGUGGUUCCACCUAUCCGACGACGUCAACGCCCCUGAAGCCGAUGAGUACGUGUACCAUGCGAUUGCCAGCGUGAAGCUGUCACAGGUCCAGAGGGCGGUUGAUGUUGGCGGGGCCAAGGGGAUGCAUGGAUGGUAUAGAUUGGAGGGUGGUGAUUUGCUUCCUCCUCCACCCCAAGCAGACAUAGAAUCUUACAUCUCCAUCUUCCUUCCCUCCACGGCCACAGCCUCGGCCCUCACCGCGUUCCAGUCCAACGCCAAACGCUCAUCCAUCCGCCUACGCUCCGCCACCUAUCUGCUCUCCAAGCGCUACAUUGCAUCUGACUGGCAUCCCCUCGGCCACCAGCUCAUAAUUUCCAAAACCAAAAAGGACAGCAAGACUCCCUUGCCAUGUAACCCCUACUUUGAUUUCUGGGCCUGGUCCUGUCGGAACUUGGAAUGGUGCGGGCCAGUACCCAUUUCAUCAUUAGCUUCUUCUUCCCCCCCUGCCAGUAACACCACCGAUGAAGCAAAAAAAGACGAACCAAACGACACCACCAACAAAAUCAUCCUCACCAACCCCCGCAUGUCCCACCACAUCCUGCCCAUCUUCAUGCACCACUUCGGCUGUGCCGUCCCCUCGCACGAAUCCCUCUCCCUCCUCAAACUCUUUGCCCGCGGUCGGUCCAUAAUCGACAUGGGCUCGGGCAACGGCUACUGGACUUUUAUGCUCCGUCAAUAUCUCUCUCUUGGCCCCACCACCUCCUCUUCCCCCUCCUCCUCCCCAUCGCAACAACAAAAAGUCUAUGCGGUAGACAACAACCAGUCAGAAUGGCGAGUCAUGUGGAUAGACGACACCAUCAUCGCUGACGGCGUCCGUUGGCUUUCCUCUCCUUCCCCUUCUUCUUCUUCUUCCACUUCUUGCCCAAGCAAGGGAGGACAAGAUAUGGUUUUGCUGCUGGUGUAUCCGAUUGUGGGGGGUGAUAGUAGCGCGGCGGGCGGGAAGGAGGGAGGGUUUACGAGGGAGCUGAUGAAGGCUUAUAAGGGAGAUACCCUGGCGGUGGUGGGUACGCAAAAUGGGAACGGGUAUACGGGGUUCAAGGGGGUGACUAUGGAUGAAUAUAUGGAGCGCGAGUGGAAAGAUGAAGGGUGGAGGAAGGUGGCGCAAUGCCCGUUGCCGAGUUUUGCGGGGAAGGAUGAGGCUCUGUUUGUGUUUCAGAGGGGGGAGGCUUUGGGGAAUUCUGAGGAGGGACUUGGGGCUGGCUCGGGAAAAGCGAAGAAGAAAAAGAGGAAGAGUGGGAAAAAGAAGGAUGCGGAGGUGGAGAAUCAGAAUGGGGAAGAUCAAAGGGAUGGGAAGGAGGAGGAGGAAGCGGAGGAGAAAAAGGAGAAGGAAGGUGCUGAUGAGUGAAUGGUCGGGGAGGAUAUGUCUGUGAAUGACUGAGCCCUUAAGACCAUGGCAUUAGCAAAUGAAGAAGGAGUUGGGAUGUGUUGAACUGCUUGAAGGGGGAAAAAAAGUGCGGUCAUAGUAACAAAAAGGUUGAGA